AUGGCGUCAGAUAGCCAGAGCUUUGACAAUGAUGAGAACGCUCCGUCAAACCAGAUUCCUCUCCAGGACCUCUCGAAACCGGGACAGGUCACUCACGAGCGUGGUAGAAGCCGCACGGGGAGCAGCCUCUUUUCACGACAAUCGUUGAUCGGGAGGGGUUCGCGGAGGAAUUAUGAAAGUGUUGCGAAAGAUUCACCGAUUGAUUCGGCUGGGCCGAGCAGGAAUCCCUUCCAAUCAUCGCAAACGCGCUAUACAGAAAUUGGCUCGCCAGUGGACGACCUUGGAGGCUUCGCGCAAGCGAUGUCAUCUGUUGGCCUGAGCUUCGAUGGUCCGCAAUCGAGGACAUCGCUUUCGGGCCCGUCGGCGGGCCAUGGCUUCGAUGAAACUGCUUCCGACCUUGAUACUGUCCCUCUAGACCCUUAUGAUCCCCACGACGCUCACGCCUACAACGCACCAGCAGACGAAAAUGACAGGGUACGGCUGACCGAUCCUCGAUACUUGCAACCAAUGAGCGGCGCUUCUAUCGCAGAAGAGCGACAGAGCACCGACACUGGCGGUCAUUCUGUGAAUUUCGGGGGAUCAAGAUUGGGCGAUGAUCUCCCUCACUUGGAAGAUGGAAUGGGAAGCCGUCGUGGGAGUAGUGUGCGAGAUCGAUCGCGUUCUUUGUCCCCCUCGGGCUCCGGCGGGGCUUUGCAGCGCGCCAGCUCAAUGGUCAAAUCUAUGUCACAGCGAGUGGUCAACCUGAGUAACGAGCCGGAAGUCAUACAGCAGUCGAUUGAGAGAGAGGAGCUCAAUAAAAAUGCACGAAUGGACGGGCCGCCGGUCUUGCCUGCAAUGGUCGACUAUGCAGAUACUCCCGACCCACACAUCCUAGGAGCCCAGGAAAAGCGUUCCUCAAACAGAUUAUGGAGAGAUCGAAACAACCCAUUCAGAGGCAGGUCCCUUGGAAUACUGGGACCGAAUCACCCUCUCCGACUUUGGCUGUGCGAUAUUCUGGUCAAUUCUUAUAUGGAGCCCUUCAUCUUGAUCGUUAUCAUCAUCCAGACUAUCUUGUUGACUAUUGAAGAUGCGCUUCCUACUUACUCAACUUCUGUGACAUGGGGAAGUAGCAAGCUCGAUUGGGUUUUCUUCGUCAUUUUCAUCAUCUAUACAUUUGAGAUUGGCUCCAAAAUCUUGGUGUCCGGAUUUAUCUUCAACCCUGUCGAGUAUAGUACACUCAAUCGCAAUCUAGGCAUCAGGAAAGCAAUCGCGGAGAAGGGCAGGAACCUGAUUACACCGCAUCGACAGCCGACGACCAAGAAAGCAUCGGUGCUCGAGGCCGAGCCUCAAGCUUCAAUUUUACGAACUUUCACUGGGAUGAAUGGGUUGAACCCUGAGGUCUAUGACGAUCCUCUUCACAAACGACGCGUUAGGCUUGCCCACCGUGCCUUUCUACGGCACUCUUUCAACCGGCUUGAUUUUGUCGCCGUGGUCGCAUUUUGGAUAUCCUUUUUCCUCUCGGUGUCCGGGGUCGAGAAAACACAACAACUGUACAUCUUCCGCAUGUUAAGCUGUCUCCGCAUUUUACGCCUUCUUGCCAUGACAAACGGCACUUCGGUGAUUCUUAGAAGUCUCAAACGAGCAGCUCCUCUCCUUGUUCAUGUAGCCUUUCUUAUCAGUUUCUUUUGGCUUCUCUUCGCUAUCAUCGGCAUACAGAGUUUCAAAUCCAGUUUGAAGAGAACUUGUGUUUGGAUCGAUCCCGCAGGCCAGAGCAAUUAUACGCUGAAUAACGCAUGGGAUCAUGUACAAUUUUGCGGUGGUUACCUCCAUAAUGAGACGGGGGUGGAAAUGCCAUGGCUUGACGGAAAUGGCAAUGAUGCUGGAUUCAAGCCCAAGGGAUACCUCUGUCCUCAAGGUUCUAUAUGCAUGGAAGGAGUCAAUCCUUACAACGGAACUAUCAGCUUUGACAAUAUCCUGCACUCUCUGGAGUUGGUCUUCGUGAUCAUGAGCUCCAACACGUUUUCCGAUUUGCUCUACUAUACCACCGAUAGUGACUACCUUGCCGCAGCUCUAUUCUUUGCCUUUGGUUUUGUUAUUUUGAGUUUGUGGUUGGUGAACUUGUUGGUUGCGGUUAUCACGCACUCAUUCCAAGUGAUUCGAGAAGAGAGCAAGCGCAGUGCCUUUGCCGUUCAAAAGCUUGAUGCCGUCGACGAAGAUGACGCAGUGUUGCGCAAAGUCAGUCCUCUCAAACGCAUUUAUGACCAAACCGAGUGGAUUUGGGUCUGUAUCAUUAUCUUCGACCUUACUGUGCAAGCACUUAGAAGUUCAUCUAUGUCUGCCGACCGCGCCCGAUUUAUCGAUACCACUGAAACAGUUGUCACCCUCAUCUUACUGGUCGAGAUUAUCCUGCGGUUUGCCUCGGAUUGGCGCAUGUUCCACCGAAGACGCCGUAAUUUGACAGACCUUUCGCUUGUGAUCAUUACCUGCAUCAUCCAGCUGCCGCCCAUCAGGAAUUCAGGCCGCGCAUACACAGUCCUCACUUUGUUCCAAAUUCUUCGGGUCUAUCGGGUGGUGCUUGCGUUCUCUGUGACCAGGAAGCUGAUUGUAGUGGUAUUCCGCAAUACUGUCGGCCUGCUUAACUUGAUAUUUUUCCUCUUCUUGAUGACAUUCUUAUCUGCCAUUUUCGCAACACAGCUUUUCCGAAGCCAAAUUCCAGAUCAAGACCCGGGGGAAGCGACGAUCAUGAUCACAUUUUCAAAUAUCUACAACUCAUUCUUGGGAAUGUAUCAAAUUCUUUCGAGUGAAAAUUGGACCACAAUUCUGUACAAUGCAACCGCAUAUACAACUCAUUUCAACACUGCCUGGAUCUCGGCAGCAUUCAUUGUGCUUUGGUUCAUUGUUGCCAAUUUCAUCAUCUUGAACAUGUUCAUUGCUGUCAUUCAAGAAAGCUUUGAUGUUUCAGAAGAUGAAAAACGAAUGCAUCAGGUUAGGGCAUUUUUAGAGCAGAAACAAGUCCACGGAGCUCCCCAGGGAAACAUGGCACUUUCGAAGAUCCUCCGUUUACGCCGAGACUCUGCUCGAUAUAAAGAUCCACUCGACCAUGGCCCUGCAGCGUUGGAAAUGUUGCUGAAAGAUGCUGUGGUGCAAGAGUUCCUCGACGAGGAAGAGGGGAAGAAAGCAGAAAGCGAUAGACCCAAAGGCCCCCGAAGAGUGAGCACAAUGCCAGAAAGCGCAGCUCAAAUGGCCAUCCAACCGGGCUGGAUUUCACUUCUAUGGACGAAAGCCAGUACGCUCGUCAUGCGCAGAGAACCAAAUCCUUUUUACUCAAAGCUAAAGUUCUCGCGUGCCUACGAGGAGUUAGAUCCGAGAACCAUGGCAAGAGAAGUUGUCACUGCGGCAGAACAGCGGAAACGAGACCAGCGGGACUAUCUCGUCAAACAUCCCAACUAUAACAAGUCGUUGUUCGUUUUCGCCCCGGAUAAUUUCGUUCGGAAAAUUUGCCAGCGAAUGGUCGGUCCAGGACGCGGUCACCAGCGAGUCGAGGGUGUAGAUCCAUACAAGCCAGUAUGGUUUGCCUUCUCUGCUUUCAUCUAUGCAGCCAUUGUCGCUAUGGUCCUUCUCGCUUGUAUCACAACACCAUUGUAUCAACGUGAGUAUUUCCGUACCGAUCGCAACUGGUUCAUUUAUACCGACUUGGGAUUUGCCGUGGUAUUUACUGUUGAAGCAACGAUCAAGGUGAUUGCUGAUGGGUUCUUCUGGACGCCCAAUGCAUUUUUCCGCAGCUCCUGGGGUUUUAUCGAUGGAAUUGUGUUGAUUACGCUGUGGGUCAGUGUCGGCGGCUCGCUCAAACAAGACUGGAGCGUUUCAAGGGCCAUUGGCGCCUUCAAAGCGCUGAGGGCGCUACGUCUUUUGAACGUCAGUGACAGCGCAAAGGACACAUUCCACUCUGUUAUCAUUGUCGGUGGAUGGAAGGUCAUCGCCGCCGCCGCAGUUUCCAUGAGCUUCCUCAUCCCAUUCGCAAUUUAUGGAGUCAAUCUCUUUAACGGGCAGAUGGUCAGCUGCAAUGACGGCGAUUUUGUGGGAAAUCUGACCAAUUGUGUCAAUGAAUAUUCCAGUUCGCCAUAUAAUUGGGAGGUUCUUGCACCACGAGUAGCUGGAAACGCUUAUUAUGAUUUCGACAAUUUCGGCGACUCUCUCUUCAUUCUCUUCCAGAUUGUCUCCCAAGAAGGCUGGGUUGGCGUCCAAGAAAGUGCGAUGGGCAUAACUGGAAAGAUGACACAGCCACAGGAUAUGUUCGCGCCGGAGAACGGGUUAUUCUUCGUUGUCUUCAACUUGCUUGGAGCGGUGUUUGUCCUGACACUGUUUGUGUCUGUGUUUAUGCGCAACUACACGGAACAAACGGGCGUUGCCUUCUUGACAGCCGAGCAACGGUCCUGGUUAGAAUUGCGGAAACUUCUCCGACAAAUCUCCCCCUCAAAACGAUCCUUUGACGAUGAGACCAAGAAGCUGCGGCUAUGGUGCUAUCGGAUUUCAGUAAAGAAGCAUGGCCGAUGGGCAUGGUUUGUGACCAUCAUCUUAAUGGCACAUUUGCUAUUACUUGUACUAGAAUACUACCCAGAGCCCGCUUGGUGGGAGGUGGUUCGAGGUAUCAUCUUCUUCGUAUUCAUUUUUGUCUACGUUGCGAACGUUUUAAUCCGACUGAUUGGUCUUGGGUGGCAUCGAUUCAGCCGAAGCUCAUGGGAUCUGUUUUCUCUCAUAGCUGUUCCCGGUGCUUUCAUCACUUGCAUCCUCGACAUCUCGUAUAAUCACAAUCAUGUCGUGUUGGAGCUCAACAAACUUUUCCUCGUUUCUGUGACUCUGUUGCUGAUCCCACGGAACAACCAGCUUGACCAACUCUUCAAAACCACCGCGGCCAGUGUGUCGGUGAUCGCGAAUCUUCUAGCUACCUGGUUCGUACUGUUCCUGGUAUUCGGCAUUGCGAUGAACCAGGCGUUCGGCCUUACCAAGUUCGGCGAGAAUGAGGAUCAUAACCAGAACUUCCGCGACGUGCCCAAAUCUUUGAUUUUGCUGUUCCGAGCCAGUUGUGGAGAAGGAUGGAACGAAUACAUGGAGGACUUUGCCACUAUGACUCCACCCUUCUGCACAUACAACUCUAACUUCCUUGAUGACGAUUGUGGAAGCGCGGCGUGGGCCCGGACUCUCUUCAUCGCGUGGAACCUGAUCAGCAUGUAUAUCUUCGUCUCGCUGUUUGUUUCGUUGAUCUUCGAAAGUUUUUCCUAUGUCUAUCAGCGGAGCAGCGGGCUAUACGCGAUAAGUCGUGAAGAGAUCCGCCGGUUCAAGCAGGCAUGGGCCACGUAUGAUCCGGAUGGCACAGGCUUCAUAUCCAAAGAGCAGUUCCCUCGAUUACUCGGCGAGCUCUCGGGUAUUUUUGCAAUGCGCAUUUACGAAGAAGAGUUCACAGUAGGAAGUAUUCUAGAAAAAUGUCGGGUUGAUCCGCAGAGGAACUCGAUAGGUGGUUCUCUUGCAAGAGACUCAAUGGUGUCGUCGACCGAGCCACGGUAUUCAUCACGCCGACCGAACUCUCGUGUCGCCGCUGGUGUAGAUAUCGAUGAGCUGUCUCGGAUCAUCUCGCGUAUCCCAGUCCGAACCAUUCAACAGCGGCGCAAACGAUUAAAUACCUUCUACGAAGAAGUCCUUGUGUCAGCAGACCAUGACCGUGGCAUCUCUUUCCACCAAUGUCUCAUGAUCCUCGCACAUCAUAAUGUCAUCAGUGACAGCAAGAGUCUACGGCUCGAAGAAUUCCUCCGCCGCCGAGCACGGCUGCAGCGGGUGGAAGAGGCUGUUCGUCGCAACACUGUCGUCGGUUUCUUUGAUACCCUCUACUGGUCACGCCAGUUCCGCCGCCAGAUUGAGCGCAAAAAGAAUGGUCGCAUGGGUGAGAUUCCGACGUUCACUGUGCCGGAGAUCUUUGUAGACGACCCAGGCGACGACCCUGAGCAUGAUGAACCAGCUUCCGGUGCGAUCACACCCCAAACUCAACCUGACCUCGACAGCAAUUUCCCUCCUAUGUUGUCGCCCAUCUCGCACCACAAACGAGCCGAAUCCAGUCCAGCUGGGCGUCGUGGCGCCUUGCCCCGCAUCGAUACUAAUUUAAGCGGAUCAGUAUCUGGUGCCAGCACGCCCACGAGAGAAUGGUCGAGCAUUAGCCCCUCGAUCACUCCGCGUCAUAUGUAUGGGGAGCGCAGCUCGUUCGACAUUGGCGAACCGUACGCGUCGCCUUCGACUACCAAUACUCCGCGCCAGAGUGAUCCUAUGAAUGUACAGGAUGUCAUGCAUUCGCUAGAUAACUCCGCCUGGGGCGAAAGUAUUCGGCGAAGCUUCACGCAGCGACGAUCGGGUGAUCGAACUUCUGAAUAG